GGUGGUGGUGCCUGCGUCAGCAGUGGGCGCCGAGAUCCUGACCGGGCGCAUGGCUGCCGGGUGCUCAGAGUCGCCCCGGCCUCCCCCAACGGGUGAGAGGCCGGUGGCGGGGCCGGCGGGCGUAGUGCCCUGCCUGGAGCUGCCGAGCUACGCCGCGGCCUGCGCGCUGGUCAGCGGCCGCUAUUCCUGCCUGGUGGCCGUGCCGCACCGCAGGCACAUAGCGCUGUCGCCCCGCUACCUGAGCCGGAAGCGCUCGGGCAUCCGUGAGCAGCUGGACGCCGAGCUCCUGCGCUACUCCGAGAGCCUUUUAGGUGUCCCUAUUGCAUAUGAUAACAUCAGAGUUGUGGGUGAACUAGGAGAUAUUUAUGAUGAUCAAGGACACAUUCAUCUUAACAUUGAAGCAGAUUUUGUUAUUUUCUGCCCUGAACCAGGGCAAAAGUUAGUGGGCACAGUUAAUAAAGUGUCUUCUAGUCACAUUGGCUGCUUAGUACAUGGGUGUUUUAAUGCCUCCAUCCCUAAGCCUGAGCACAUGUCAUUUGAGCAGUGGCAAACCUUGGAGAUAAAUGUGGGUGAUAAACUGGAAUUUGAUGUAUUUCGCUUAGAUUCAGAUGCUGCUGGAGUAUUCUGCAUUCGAGGAAAACUAAAUACUGAGAGGUGAGUGUUGAUCUUUGAA